AUGCUUGUCGAGACGUCUUUAAUUCAAUCCGAUGGGGUGCUUCACGACCCGGCCCUCCACGCCCCGAUGAAUAUGGCGGCGGGGGCGGCGGUGAUGCCGCACAGCACCGCCCACGCCCCAAAGCACGUCCCCCACCUCGCCUCACCGUCACCCAUCGACUUCCUUACACACGACGUCGAUGAACUGCCGCCCCUGCACGAGCACACCACCAGCGUGAAUCGCAGCUAUUCCGAUUUGCACCAGUGCAAGUUCUUGGCCUACGCCUUUGGCCUCUGUGCGCUGCGCACGGCCCUGCAGCAGCCCAUGAACGUCGCCCUUGCCCGCAAGCAGACGAGCGCGGCGGCGAAUCGAAAAUCAACGUGGGCCGUCCUGCGGCAUCUUUACGCGCAUGAAGGUCGAUGGCGAGGCGUGGCGCAGGGCAUGACCGCCCUCUCCAUCGGCUGCGCAUUGAGCGAAGUCAUCUAUCUCGGCAUCUUUGAGUGGGGUCGCGAGCAGCUGCCUGUGGAAAGCAGCGUGACGCGUGACGCGGUGUCCGGCUACGUGGCGGACGGCGCCUGUCGCACGGUGCACAUCCCUCUCAGCAUCAUCGCGUUUCGCCAGAUGACCGCCGCGCCGGCUCGCCGGUUAAGCGCGUGGCGCACGUUAGAGCGGAUGUACGCCGAGCAAGGCCUUCGCACUGUCUUCGCCGGCUUCGGCACGACGCUCGUGGUGGGGUGCCAGUGGACCGCACUGUGGUGGACGCUCUACGGGCAAAUGAAGGAUGAACUCUACCGCACCGUCGGGCCGCGUCUACGGCAGCUCGGUGAGCCGCCUGCUGCAUCGGCACCGGCCGGCACAGGGGGGAAGGAGGGGCUUCAUAGAAGUAGCGGUAAACACGGCGACGCCGCCACGCGCCGCUCCAGCUGGCGGCUGCCGGAGUGGUGCACGUCCAAGGAGGACAACAUGAUUUUGAACUCCGUGGCCUCUGUCGCCGCGAGUGCGUCCACCGCGGUGCUCUUCAAUCCAUACUUAGUGAUCCGCACGAACUUGCAGGUGACCCCCGGUGCCACGCUGUGGUCCGCCACGCGCCGGCUCUACCGCACAAGGGGUUUUAGAGGCUUCUACAGCGGUCUGCUGUUGAGCGUGAACGCCUGUGUGGUGGAUGGGGCGUUGGCCUCCACGAGCUACGAGUAUGCGAAGCUCUGGUCGGACCGCACGCGUGGCGGGUAG